AUGGACCAGAAAUCAGUUGAUCCAAAAUUGUUCUCUAAAAUUUCUAUCCCUUCUAAAUCAACAAGAAGACGUAGCAAUUAUAGUAAUUCUGUCGUUUCCACAUCACAAACCUAUAACAAACACGAUUUACAAAAUAUAAAAAAAGAUUUAAAAAAUAACAGCAUUAUUGUAGCAGAAAGAAAGGUACAACUUGAACAUUUCAUGCAACUGUUGAGCACUUUGCCUAACGUCGGUCCAAAUAACAGUGCGGCGGGCGGGGGUUUUAAUGGAAGUAUAAGCCAUAGUGGAGUUGUAGGAAAACUCAGUGGAUCAACUGGUAUAAGAACCAAAAGUCCUAAAAGAACUGGAAGUCCCAACAUCCACAGAUUAGGAAGUCCUAGUAGCUAUAGAAUGGGAAGUCCUAGCCUUCAUAAAAGUACAUCAAAAGAUAAAGGUUCCAAGAAAAAAGGCUCAAGUAUUAAAGCCAAAAAAGACGAUUCGGAUCAGGACGAUCUAUAUAUACCUACUUCUUCUCAACGAAAAGAAUCAAUAAAGACCAACACAGGUGCUAACAGGAAAAAAAAAAAACGAGAGCGUAGUGAUGAUGAUAGUGAAACUUCAAGCGUUGAGAAAUUCAUAUCGAAAAAUUCACGAAACUCAACACCAAAAAGAAAUUCUCAAAAUCUGAACACUACAAAUACUGCAAGAGGCUCAUAUAAAAAAAGAAAGCGAAGCACCACAGAAACUACGACUGUGGCUGUAGAAGAUGCACCUGUUGUAAAGUCAACAAAAGAUCAAGUAGCUAUAAAGACUUUUUAUGAACAUGUUGAUGCUUAUAUUCGUGAUUAUACUGAAGACGAUAUAGAUUUUCUAGAAGCAAAG